AACCACUCAUUUCGAGAGUCGAAAGAAAGACAUCCGUGGGAAAAUAACUGCUUUCUAACGUUGUUUUUGUUGCUGUCCAGCGAAAAGUUAGUUUUAAUUUGUUCAAUAGAAGCGUCGCUAUGUCAAAUUUCGUAGACGUGAAGAAUGUUGAGCCAACCCACUUUGAAGAACAACACUACGACGAAUAUGAAUACUACAACAUUUCAGAAAAAUACACAAGUGGCGCUAGCCGCAAGGGGAGGACAAAGAAGGAAGCCAGCGACAACACCAACCGACCCAACCCCGGAGGCCACGAGCGCAAACUCGUAGAGAAACUACAGAACACUGAAAAGAAAGCCAAGGCGUGAGUAAAUUGAGGGCAAAUCGGACAGCUAACCCUGGCAACCGACCAUGGCCGCCUUGGCGACAGAACAAGAUGGGCAGACAGACGGUGAACGCCAAUGUAGAGGGGGGUGAAUAUGACGACGGAUUACAUGCUGCCAAUGAGUUUGACUGUAGCUUCAGCGAAGGGGAUGUUAGUCCUCUCCUUCAUAGAGCUGAUGGUACGGUCGGUGGGAGUGGCCCCCAUAUUGGUUGUUCACCUCAGUCAUGGGUAGACCUCCACUGAAGAUGAUGUAGACCACCUGUGCAAGCAGUCUUCUGGGUAACCUUCCCACACAAGUUGGGAGUAAUGGGGGUGGUGGCAGGCUGCAUCAUGUUUCAGUAUCAAUGUGGUUUUGUUUUUAUAAACCAAAGAGGUUCUUUAAAAUUGAUUUAUUUUACAAAGUGUAUUGAAAAUAAAUGCUUUCAUAAAAUGUA